AUGCCGCCAGCGCCGCACACGGCCACGAGGGCGACACGCUCGCGCUUCUCCAGUCCCCUGCAUAGCGGCGUGGCGGAUGCGGCAGCGGGCAGUGGCAGCAGCAUUGGCCGCCAGGUUGGCAGCGGGAGCACGCCAACAUCGAGCACCACUGCUGGCAGCAGCAACAAUGGUGUGACCAACGCUCAAAGGGCCAUGAUGGCGCGCUGGCUGGAGCCGCCCGUGCAGAGCAAGUCCAGUUUCGAAGAGGCUGGUUUUCAAAGACACGGUGUGUUUGAAGGCAUGGCACCUCUAGGCACACUGCCAAAGGCUGUGAACGUGGCGAAGCGCAUCAGCGGUCUCCCCGAGGAGAAGCUGUUUCACGAAGGAUCGCCCCUGGGCCGCCAAACCGUGAAGCAGCAACAAAAGCGGAAAGAGCAGCAAGGGCAGCAGGGUCGGCGAGCUGGACAGCAGGGGCCGGAUGACGACGACGACGGUGAAGCGCGGAGAGAACUGCCAACAGUGGAAACCGACACCCAAGAGCAAGAUUCGACCGGGACGCAGCACCAGGAGCAUGACGAGGAUUCAAAACCCCAGGAACGACAGCCAAUCUCCACUUUGAAUUCCAAAAAAAUCAUCCUGAAGCGGCCAAACGCUGGAAAGCACGUCCCGACACGCAUCAUCGUGGCACCGAAACGGUCGACCCGAUCAGGCCCUCAAAGUGCCACGAGCGACGUUGCCGACAGAGAGGAUGCACACCAAGAGUCUGGACCAAACGCGCCCUCCACACCCAUCACGCCAACGACACCGAGCACACGGCGGAGCAUCAUAUUUCGUCCUGCUCCCGGAAACUCAAAACGCCAGGCGCGUGCAUCGGCAAGGCAGCAAGAGAAACAGCGGCGGAAAAGCCAGGAAGCCACGGACGAGGCGGCCGACGACGCUGACCAAAGCGACCAAGAGACUGCUGGAGGCCCUGAUGCUGUGCUGACGGCGGAUGUUGACGCAGGUGACCAAGUCCAUUCCAAUGAGAGCGCCGAAGUCCAAUCUGAGAAACCAGCGCUCGAGAAACCAAAAUCGGCGAAGCGGCCCGUCGGCCGGCCAAAGUCCAGACGAUCGCUGGCCGCCGAGCAACGUGCGCUGAAGCAGAAGGAGGCGGCCGAGGCAGAAGCAGAACGUAUCGUCGCCGCCGAAGCCGAGGCGCAAAUCGAAGCAGAGGCUCCCCCAGUAUUAACCCCUGUAACCACAGCUGCUCCGAUCCGUCCCGAGAACGGUCAAGAAGCAGACACGGAAGGCGAUGUACGUGACUCGGAUGGCGACUCGGUUGGCGACUCGUUUGACUCACAGGACGAGGACAACGAUGGAUACGGCGGCAAGCCUUCUGGAUUCGACUCUAGUUUCUUGCCACUCAAUACACCAUACGGGCUACAGCGACCACGCUCUGACAGCAACGCUACGGAAGUCAACAGGGAAGUCACUGAUAAGGUUGUUGACCUUGCUGUUGAAGAAGCGGUGCGUCACUUCCGCUAUCCUACUGCCUGGGCUCUGCGGACCCUCUACGACGAGCAGGCGGGAAACCAGACCUUUUUGACCAUGGUGGAGGACGUUUUUCAGCAGACUGCCGAUCGUGAAGCCAUCAACACCUUUGCUCGUAUGGUCCACGAGAAGAAGAAAGAAGGAAAGAAGGAUAACAAAGGCUGUAAACACUUUGUCCCGCCAGGGACCGACAUCAACAUUGCCGCUCACAAACCCAUUCCGGCUCCCUACGCCGACCUCAUCACCAUGGACCUUCCGCAGUUCACGACCGACGUCUCGGGCAACAUUAUUGACAGCACGACGGACGAUACUGCGCAUGCAAGAAAGAGAGUGAAGCUUACGGACGAGGACAGCGAACUUGUGGUCACGCCGCCCGCACCGGCAACGGUUUCCAUGCACACAUUCGCUCCCCCACAGCCCUCUGUGGCUUCGGACGCCAGCCAUCGUGAAACGGAGCAACCCGCCUCUGCUUCCAAGAAGAGUAGUGCCAAGGUCAAGACGCCUCUUCAAUCGCCAAGGGCAUCAAAGACUCCGGCAGCUUUGUCUGCUUCUGCCACCCCCAAGACGCCCACGAAGACACCCCGCGGACGGCCUGGUAGACCCCCGGGCAGCAAGAACAAAACUCUUGCCGAGAAAGCCGCCAGUGCUCAGAAGAAGCAACCUGUUCCCAAGAUCGAAGAGGAUGCGACGAUGACGACGCCUCCACCGUUCGCUCAAGGGAUUGAUGCGGCUCCGUCUACACCUCCAACAAUCCGACGCCAUUUGCGGGCAGACUCGGUGGCAUCAUCACUCUCACCCGCUCUGUCCAUCUCACCGCCCAGCAAGAAUGCCAGGGGACUUUACGUCGACGGUGAAACAAUCAGUGACAAGGACAACGACGUGGUCAUGCGUGAUGCAACUGGCGGUGCCGUGACUAGUAUUGGGUGGACAGCCGAGACGGUGAAACGUACGACGACAAAGAAAGACGGUGUUCACGAAUCUGACAUGGCGAAGAGCAGGACACACGAAGACGAUUCUAAGGAAUCAUCUGUUUCUCAAUCCAAGCGAGGUGGAGGGGGUGCGGAUCGCCGUCGUGGAGGACCAGGAUCAGGCAGAGGUGGGAGGAGGCGAGGAGCUGGCCGCCCCCCCAAAAAUCGGACUCUCACUGGAGCUGGCUUGUCUGCCCCCAAAGCCUCUACCACAACACAACCACCAGAGCCCACGCCCACGCCAGCGCCAGCACCAGAAACAGCCCUACAGCCAAUAGCGACCCGAAACAGGUCGUCCGCAAAAAAGUCACCCACACCAUUACCCGCGUUAAUUUCUCCGCUGUCUUCAUCAUCGCAGCCGCAGUCCCAAACUCAAACUCACACCACAGGUUCACAACACAGUCACCAUCAGCAACCGAAACGGACUUCUGCUGCGGCGGCUGCAGCGGCCAUUUCAGCAUCAGCAAAAGACGAAAUGCCCGCUGCUGUCGAGGAUCACAUUUCUGUGCGCCCCGUGUCUGUCGCGAAACGCGCGCAAAAUGGCAACGGCAAGAGCAGAAACAGCACUGCAGCUCUGCCAUCACCAGCCAUGAACAGCACCGAUGCCGCUCCCAAUUCUCUUGGUAAGAGCGAGUCGGAUGAGGCUGGAGAGGAGCGUCUGGCCCGACUGCGACGCGAGGCACGUGGCGUCACCAACAGUAUUGGUGUUGCCCCUGAAAGCUUCACACGGGGAAGUGCUACCCUUCUAUCUACGGGUGCGGCGUCCUCAUCCCGGCCGACUUCAGCGUCACGGAGCAGACGUGGCUCGGUUCCCGACGCGGCGAGUCACCAGCCGCUGCUGGAGACGCCACAGCCGCAACGACAACGGCAGCUGCGCGCUUCCACGACGGCCACGCGCACGACGCGGUCGGCCCGCAAGCGCGCAUUCGAUGAGGUAGACGAAGACCUGUCUCCGAGGAGCGGUAGCUUUCCCUCCGACGACUUGCCGUCGACGCGACUGCAGACGCCUGUGCCGGCGCAACAAGUCGCCGCGGUAAAUGGGUCGAAUGGCAACUCACGCGCUGGCACGCCUGGACCGAAGUCCAAGAAGCCGCGCGUCGGACUUCGCGUCAAGUCAUCGUAA